AAAUUUCUUGUUCCUUGUGUUGAAAAACAGCUGUUAGGGCAACACUUAUGCAGCAUUCUUCAGAAAGGUCUGUUUGUAUACAGUACAAUCCAUCACUGUAUGUCGUGCAGUAGCCUCUUUAUCUAUAUCCAUCUCUCUCUCUUUUCUGCCUUGCCCCCUUGUGAUAUCACUGUAUGACCCUUAAUUUACCAGAAACUGUGCAAUGUAAAUAAUCAUGUGAAAGUCAAUUUUUUUUAAAAUAUACAACAAAAAAAAAGGUUUUAAGGAAAACCAGACGUUUCAGGCGGCCUCCCUCUUCUUCCAUGGUUUUACAUGUAAAGCAACUCAAUAACCACUGGAGAAUCGGGAGCACCCUCGAAACAUCUGGUUUUCCUCCGUACAUUUCUACACAUAUUAUUUCCUAAUAACCCUGACAUCCUGCAAUACAUUGGAUGUCUCAGUGACACACAUUUUUUUUGGUGUGCAAAUAGAUGGAUCUUUUUUAAUGUCACAUCUAAACUUUAAACUCUUAAACAUUGUUGUGGUGUAGUGCUAAAUAACCGCUUAGUGACAACCCUGAUGUACAGUAUGCUAAAAAUCUCUGCCGAGGUGUCUGUCCACACAAAACGUAUUAGUUUUUAAACAUUUAUGAUAAUUUUUACCUGUGCGUAUUCAAAGUGGAAAAUAAAUAAUUUUUCUUGUUUACUUCUUGCAGGUUUUGAUAGCUUGAUGUCGAGUUAUAGAUUAAGUGACUUAGCCCUACUUUACCAGCUUUUCAGCAGAGUUAAAAAAGGACAAGAUGAGCUUUGCACUGCUUUCAACGAAUACAUCAGAGUAAUUAUCUCAUUUAGACUGAAAUGUUGGUUAACUUUGUUUAUAUACAUUUGAUUUUUUGUGAUGAACCUUGUAGCAAGCUUAACAUCUACCAACCUGUUCAUGCAUUAAGGCAGCCAUAGAUACAGUAGAUGGGUGUUUUUAUUGCAUUAUACUUCUGUUGUACUAUCAUUUAGUAUUAAUAAAUACCAGAUUGCGUCCUUUACCCUUUAAGCCCUAAGAGUGAUCAUCAAAUUUCUCCUUGUAAUAUCAAUGCCUUGAAAAACAGAGUGGUCAUGAGAAUUAUGGACAUGAUCAUACAAGAUGAAUUUGCUUGAUAUUUUAUCAGCUUCUCCCCACUGCUUCUGUAGGAAAUAAAAAGGGGCAACAAGUGAGAAUUCAAAUUUUGAUCUUAGGGUUUAAAGGGUUAACACCCUAAGAGCAGAGCCUCCUUUUGUUGAGAACAAAAGGAGGAUCUGCAUGAAUGGUUUCAAGCCUUCGAAGUCACCACAGUUCAAACUUGUGGAAUACUCAAUCUUGUUUUCUCUCAUCAAACUGGCAAUAUUAAGAGCGAGCAUCCAUUUAUUGAUAAACCGAUGGUCGUAACUGAGCCUGCUGUACCAAGCAAACGGCUCUUAGGGCUGUGUUCAAACUGUAUCCUAGCAACAAGCAGUGCAUGCUCAACAAAGAUCUGGCACGAUUCCUGCAGAGUCUUUGUCUCAAUUAAGCCAAAAUUGAGCAAACCAAGGAAAGGUUCUGCUGAGUCAUUAACUACAUGUAAAUAUAUUUUAUUUAAGCAUAUAAGCAUUGAGUGUUUUUCUAUUUUCCUGCAUCAGAAACAAGGUGCAAGCAUAGUGUUGGAUCCUGAAAAAGACAAAAGUAUGGUACAGGAUCUGUUGGACUUUAAAGAGCAGCUGGACAGCAUCAUAGAAGAUGCUUUCAUGCGAAGUGAAAAAUUUGUUAAUUCAAUGAAG